AUUCGAAAUUGGAGUGUAUGAAAUAUCUAUAAUGUUAAGGCAAAAUUGUAAAUUUUCGACGUUCGCAUUUCCAUCUUGUUGAAUGUCUAUCGCGGAUUUACCGAUGAAGAAAUAAAUGCGCGAUAGAGGCGCGUUUCAACGUACACGUGUCCCGUAUUUUCCAACAGCCGUAAAUUUGUAAGCGUUAUUUCGAAAUCAGAAAAAAGAUUCAGUCGGAGACAAGGUGUUCCGAACUUCGGCAUAGUUCGCUAAUGAAGUGUUCGAUAACCCGAGUUUCCCGCGCGAACGUACGGUAGUGUGAAAAUUAAUAAACUCGUAUGAAAAUAUAGAAUAAAUAGUCGAACAUCCGCGGGCACAAUUAUUCAGUUAAUCAUCGUUGCAUCCUGAUCCAACAGUGAAAAUAGAAAUACCAAAUCGAAAGUGUAUAACAUUUGGAACAACGAAAUAAAGCAUCCUAAAUGAUAAUGAAAAUUGUAAUAUUUACAUCGAUUCUCUUCAUUUUAACGAUCCUGAAUUGCCAAAGUUGCAAUGGCUAUCGGAUUCUCGGUAUAUUCCCGCUAACAGCUAAAAGUCAUUUCAUCAUGUUCGAGGCAAUGAUGAAGGGUUUGGCUCGUAAAGGACAUCAAGUUGACGUGAUUAGCACAUUUCCUUUGCACAAACCAUUCCCAAAUUAUACGGAUAUUAUCGAAUUAUCGUCGACGUUACCAAAGUUUGUCAAUAAAAUGUCCUAUGACAUGAUGAAAAGUUAUGUUGCCCAGGAUCUUAUACAUUUUCUAGCUGUCACCGCGGGCACUGAAGUUUGCAAGAAUCUUGGACACCCGGAGAUGCUGAAAUUGUAUCGGAAUCCUCCAAGAGAUCCACCUUACGAUAUAAUGAUCACCGAGUAUUUCACCACCAAUUGUUUCAUUGCUGUUGGGCAUAAACUUAAAAUUCCGGUCGUUGGUAUGAGCUCGGCCCUUUUGUAUUCCUGGCUGAACGGAAUUAUCGCGAAUCCGCCUAAUUUAGCGUUCAUGCCGAACAAUUUUCUCGAUUACUCGCCACCCAUGAACUUCUGGCAAAGACUUUGGAACACGGUUUAUACAGGAAUCAACAUUGUGCAAUAUCGUUGGCUAACUCGAGAUCAGGACAUUGUGAUAAGAGAAAUUUUUGGCAAUGAUGUACCCAGUCUACAGGAAUUUGAACGAGAUAUCGCUCUCGUUCUCAUCAAUACUCAUAUAUCGCUGAACGGUGCAAGACCGAUAACGCCGGCUUUGGUCGAAAUCGGAGGACUUCACAUCGAGGAUGACAAUUUGGAUAUACCGAAGGACCUGAAAGCUUGGAUGGACGACAGCAAAGAGGGCUUCGUUUACUUUACAUUCGGUUCGAUGGUGACCAUCGAAACUUUUCCCGUGGAUAUUCUUCAAGCCAUUUAUAAAUCAUUGAAGAAAUUCGCUCCGAUAAGGGUUCUCUUGAAGAUAGUUGACCGGAAAAAAUUGCCUCCUGGCUUGCCGGAAAAUAUACGGACCUUCGUUUGGGCACCGCAGCUCGAAGUUCUAAAGCACAAAAAUAUAAAGGCGUUCAUUACCCACGGGGGCUUAAUGGGUACGCAAGAGGCCAUAUAUUGCGGCGUUCCAAUGAUCGGAAUACCGCUUUUCAUUGAUCAAUUCACUAAUAUUGAUCUCUACGUAUCGAAAAAAAUCGCCGUUAAAAUCAGACUUGAAUCGAUAUCGGAGGACACCUUGGAUCAUGCGUUGAAAGAAAUCCUGUAUAAUCCAAUGUACAAGAAAAAUGUCAUGGAAAUUUCGACAAGAUUUCGGGAUCGUCCGAUGUCUCCGAUGGAUACUGCUGUGUGGUGGGUCGAAUACAUAGCGAGAUAUGGGAACAAAGCUCUCAGAUCCCCCGCCCUGGAUCUCGCAUGGUGGCAAAUCGAUCUACUCGACGUUUACCUUUUCCUACUGGUCACUGCAUUAAUUAUGUUGUACUUUGUCAUAAUUCUCCUUCGGUUUAUCGUGAGAUUGUUGACAACAAUCAAUGGACCUAAAAAUAUCGAUAAAAAGAAAGUCAACUAAUUCGUAUCGGCUAACUAAUCGAAAUCGCGAAUUUGUUCGCACUAUCUAGAUUUCAUUCUAAUUUAAUAUAAAAACGACGAAAGCGCUGAUGAAACAGUCCUUGGAGAAACAACCCUCUUCGGUUUUACUGAAAAAGUUUAUUCAUUUUUUAAAUAAAACUUCGAGACUUUCCGAGUUCUCUCAAACCAGCUGAAUCUUUUUCAGAGUUCUAUAUUUUUCAAAUUCGUUUACAAUUAUACGUAUAAAAAAGGAUUGAAGUUGAAAAUUGAUCCAACUAUCUUUGAGUUUGCUUUCGAGUAGUUUUCAAUCAAUCCUUUUGGUUCAUUGGUUUUAUCCUCGAUUCUGGGUAUCGUUCUAUUGAUUAUGCUUCCUCUUUAUUUUUUGAAACUUUGCACCUACGUUUUUUAUAUCUCGUCGUUAUGAUGAAAGUGUAUGCAAAAGUUUAGCGAAAAGUUGUUUGUUUUUCGCAAGGUCGUAUGCCCGACGCUCGACAAGUUCGGAAACUUUUUGUAUUUUGAUCGAUAAAAAAUGGAAUAAAGUAUGAAAUCCAUUGAAAAAAUGUAACAAAUCUUAUCGAUUAUAAUAAUGAUUUUCAUAUCAAAGUAAUCGACAUUGGAACGCAUUGGUAAAACGCGCGCGCGCAUAAAUAUUAAGAAACGAUGUAGCGGCUCGAUGUCAAGUAUUUAAAAAAAGUCAAUGCGAGCACUAUUAUUACAUAGGACUCCCGAAAAUUGAGAAUGUUUUGAAAACGUAAAAUUCAAUAAACUAAAAAAAACAA